AUGCCUCCAAAAAGAAAAAACACCUCUCGCUCCAAACAAAAAGAAGCUGAAGAUCAUCAGAACGACAAACACGUGAACGAAAUUAAUCCUUCAUCCAAUAAUGUUGAUUCCGAUCAUCACUCAGAAGCUGUGGAGAGUGAAUCAAAAAAGAUCAAGCUUUCGGGAGAGCAGACAUCUUUGACAUCCAAUGAAGAAAGAAUGAACGUUUUGACAAGUCGAUUGGAUAAAUAUGAUGAAAAAGCUAUAUCGGAAAUAUUUGAAAUUAUUCAAGCGGAAUUGCUGAAUGAGAAUAGUACUGUCUUUUCGAUUUUAGAGUCAUUCAAAUUGAUUGAAAACUUCGUUUUCAAAUAUUUAGACGAGUCAAAACAGUCUUCCAAAGAAUUCAUAUUAACUUCAAUUGUAAUAGCAAAUCAACAAUCGAACUUUAAGACUGUUGUUCAACAUCCCAAGUUUGACAUUCUAUUCAAAUCGUCUAUUGCUUUGAAUUGUGAAACAGCAACAGAAAAAUUGAUUUUGAUUGUAUUUUUGAUCAAUUGUUUCUCUCAUAUCGAUUUAUUGAGCAAGCUGUGUUUGGAUUUAGUUUCUCUUCCUCUAUGGAAACAUGUCAACCCUUCAAAAAGAAAUGCUGAGAUUGAGAAACGUAAUUUAUCCAAGUAUUGGAAAAAAAUUUCAAGCAAAAAAACCGCUGAGGAUGCUAUGAAAUCAGACUUUUUGCCAUCUUUGGUGAGCCACUAUCUAAAUAUAUUGAACUCUCUCCAGUCAACUGAUAUGGAAGAAGAUAUCAAAGAAGCCAAUAUGAUUUAUUGUGAAAGAUUUUUAGAAUUUUUAAUUGACUUACUUUCACAACUUCCCACAAGAAGAUUUUCUAGAUUUUACUUGUCUGAUGCUCAUGUAUUAGAACAUUCAAGACUUUUCAUCAGAUCAGGAGCUUCCUCCAAGAAGUUCUCACAACUUGUUGAAAAUUUCGAUUUUUACUUAAACUUUGAUAUCAAUGACGAUACUGGUGUUGCUCUUUCACCCAUCGAGGCUAUUGGUGUUCAUUCCGAAAAUAUUCAAAACCUACAACACACUGCGUUUAGAUAUUUUCCAGAACAAUUAAGGAGUCUCUACUUACAAGAUAUCAGCACAAUCCAACAGAGAAAUUUUCUAGAGAGUACUCUAAAGACACUAAGCAAGGAUGAGCUAUUAGAAUUUGCAAAGAAGCUAAACUUUGUAGGCCCAUAUGAGACUGGAGACGACAUUUCUCUCGAGUUGUUAAUAGAAAUCAUCGUAGCAAAUCACGAGAAAAAACUAUCUCAAAUAGAACGUAUUAAUAAGACACCUAUCUAUCCAACAGAAAAAACCAUUUGGGAAGAUAUCACUCUGACGAAUUCAGCUCCGCCAAACAUGCUGUACAAAGGUUCAAACAUACCUCUUCCCAAGCUAAGCAUUCAAUAUCUUUCUCUUUAUGAUUAUUUAUUGAGAAAUUAUACACUGUAUAGACAAGAGAAAACUUUCAGUUUAAAACGAUCUCUGGAAAAUAUAAUUUCUGAUUUAAAGUAUGUCAAGAACAUUAACAGUGGAAAGACUGACUUUUUAUCUGGAUUUAGAAUGGCAUUACCUUUGUCCAAACCUUUUGAACUGAUACAAGUAGCCGCUCCAAAAAUUGGAGAAUCUGUACCAUCUCAAGUACAAGGUGUUAUUUCUAUUGAUUUGUCACGUAUUGAGUCUGAAGAUAUUAGAAAAGAAUGGGAAAAUAUUCGAAAGAAUGAUAUUCUAUUCCUUGUGCACAUCAAAGCAUCUUCUCAAAUGGCAUUUGAUAACGAGGAAAGGUUUGACAAGGGCUAUGGAGUUAUUUCAAUCAGAGGCUGUGAAUUAAUCAGACAAGAAGAUCAAGAAGGAAAUAUCAUUAACGCCCAAACAAAAUUGGCAGAAGAAGAUGAGACUCUAGAAUUCGACCUUUCUUCGUCUGUAAGAAAAUUGGUGGUUCUCAUGGAUCCGGUCCAAUACGUAUUAGAUAAAGCAGAGCAAGAUAAGUCCAAGUCUGACCUUUACUCACAGUUUAAUCUGGUGAUUCGACAAAAACCGAAAGACAAUAAUUUCAAAGCGGUUCUUGAGAGCAUUAGAAAUUUAAUGAAUGAAGGAGUAGACCAAAUUCCUGAUUGGAUUACUGACUACGUACUAGGAUAUGAACCAUCCACGGAAGAGGAAGCUGUUGUUGGUGAAGUGACGGUAGAUUUUAGAGAUACCUUCAUGGAUGAGAAUCAUCUUAAAGAAGCUCUUUCGAUCACAACAACGCCUCCAUCUCCAGCAUCAACAAAUUACUUUAAAGUUUCCUUCCUGAAUGGUCAGGCUAAUUCAUAUCACCCUUACAUUCCACGUGACGUAAGAAUUCGCUCUAAUAAUGUUCAUCAACAUAGAUUUAAUACUCAACAAGUGAAGGCAAUUACUUCAGCAUUGCUACCUGAAAAGGGCUUGGUGUAUAUUCAAACUCCACCGAGCUGUGGAAAAUACCAAGUAUUGACAAAGAUUAUCGAGAAUCUAUACCUCAAUCAUCCACAACAAAGAAUUGUGAUUAUUACAAGGUCGAACCUUACACUGAAUGCUAUUUUUGAAAAUUUAGAAAAAUCUAGAGUACAUGAACGCCAUUUACUUCGACUGGGAGGUGAGAAGAAUGUUUUCAGCAAGUUUGGACGAGUUAAUUACAUGCUAGCACAACGCUUGGAAGCAUUGAAAGCUUUUGACAUUCUCGCUUCAUCUCUUGGGAUGGCACAAUUCAUCAAUACCUCUUGUGAAACUGCUUCACACGUUUUUAUUGGAAAAGUUUUCCCACGCUGGAAGGCCUUUUUAGAACAGGCACAACUUUUGAAAGAAAAUUCAACCACGCCAAAUGAUCUUUCCUUCUUUGAAAAUAAUUUUCCAUUCAUUGACUACUUUAAGCAAGUGUUAGAAGUUGACAAAAUUUUCCAAUCUACUCAAUAUGAUGAAAAUAUGAACAGAGCAUGUGAGCUCUUUUCUGAAAUUUCACUAUUAUUCGACAUUAUUUGUGAAUGUAAAGUUUUUGAGAAUGUGAGAAAUUACCAUGGAAGAAGCAAUCAUAUCCUUACUCACCAGUCACGAGUUGUUGGAAUGACAUCCACUCAUGCUGCCAUCAAGAGAAGCUCAUUCAAGCAACAACAAUUCGACUAUAACACAUUAAUCAUUGAGGAUGCAGCUCGAAUUUCAGAAAUUGAAUCAUUCAUUCCAAUGAGUGCUUCGUCUCGACUCAACAAAAUCAUACUCUUGGGUGACAACAAUCAAUUACCACCCCUUAUUUACAACAAGCAAGUGGAGUUAUUUAGCAACAUGGCACAAUCCAUGUUCACAAGAUUUUCGAGAUUUAUUGAUGAAAGUAAGAUGAUCACGCUGCCACAUGACGAGACUGAAAUUUCUUCAAAUUUGGUGCCACUAUUCAAAUGGAAUUAUCCUGAAUUUAUGAUCAUGUGA